CACAAACUGUGGUGAAACCAAGGGGCACAAUUCGCCGCUUUGUGUGUUGUUCUCGACGACCACUGGCUGGCGCAACUCGACGACCCUCUCCAGCCCCUUGUGCUUUGUGCUUUGUUGUUGUGUGUGGUUGCAGCCACGCACUUCUGCACUUGUCACAUCAAACACUGCUGUGCCACUGCUUGAUAAGUGAGCAUUUUUUUCCCAAAGCACCCUUCCUCUCCUCCUUCUCUCUCCCCAUCUCACCACCGCUCCCACCCCUCGCGAUGUCCGACCUCAAGGACGCCCAAGCAAAUCAAGCCUCGUCCGCAUCAGGACAGCAGCAGCAGCUGUCCGCAGCUGGGCCAACCAACGGCAACGCAGCCAUGCACGGCACACCCAGCCUGGUCCCACACAUCCCGUUCCUGCUUCCCUCAAUGCAGCAGCCACUGUUUCCUUUGGUUCAGCAGCAACAGCAGCAGCAGCAGCCGGCAACGGCCGCAGGAAUGCCGCGAAGCACCACGCAGACCACAUUGCCCGCAAUGCUGCAGCGGACAACCUGGGCGGCUACCACGCAGCAAGCGCCAGUGCCCCUCCAACCAACAUCCACGUCCGCACCCACGUCCGCAUCUCACCCUGCCACUGCUGGCGAUGCCGAGCCGCCAGCCAAGAAAGCCAGAAGAGUUAGGAAGCACGGCCAGUCUGGUGCGCGUGCGGGCUCCGAGUCGUCUUCAACACAAGGGUCAACGUCAUCGGCCGCUUCCUCGUCGAGUUCCUCGUCCUCCAGCUCCUCCAGGCCUGCAUCCACACGAAAGGCUGCAGGUGGCUCGGCGCCCAACGCCAACAAGAGCAGGAAAGGCAAGAAGGACACCAAGGACAAGAAGGACAAGAAGGACAAGAAGGACAAGAAGGAAGAUGCCCCUACAGGCGCAAACCCGAAGGACGGCAAGCGGAGCUCCCCCUCAGCCUCACCAAAGCCACAAGCCAAGCAGCCGAGAGGUAGCGCCAGCAACAAGAAGAGCAAGCCAGCCGAUGCAAGCCGCCCCCGCGACACGGACAGCACACCCCGAAAAGCGAGCAGUUCCUCUACGCAGCGACGCUCAUCAUCUGCAGACAAGAAGAAGUCGCCACGAACUGCAUCGCAGACCAUACCAGCACCAGCAUCAGCAUCGAAGGCACGAGCCUCCUCCUCCUCCUCCUCGUUGUCAGCGGCAUCUUCAUCGUCGUCGGUGGCGGCAUCCUCCUCCAAGCGACGCCGCAGCUCCGCCGCCGCCGCUGCUGCUGCCACGAGUGGCGGUGGUGCUCGGGUCACAUCCACCACGAGUACGUCAAAUGGCACGGCCAGAGCGAGCGAUGACGAUGGCCAAGACCUGCCACUGCAGUUCGUGGCGCUGCGCUGUGUCAAGGAGCAGCUCCCACCAAUCUUGCAGCCGCACUUUCUGGAGAACAUUGACAUGCGCAACCCAAGCAGCUCCAUCGAGGAGAUGCAGAUGAUGUACUGUUUCGUGACGUUCAUUGCGGACGACACCAUUGCGGCCUUUGAGCAGAGCACGAGCAAGCGCGCAGACAUCACCGACGCAGUCAACCGCCUGCGUCAAGUUGCAAGAAAGACGCUUGAGGGGCGUGCGCAUAUGAACCGCGCCACCAUCGAGGCCCUGCUUCGCUUCAAUGCCGAGAUGAUUGACAUGCCCGUCGUUGCCGACGCGAACGAGCUUGAUGAGGCGACCAUGAAGAGCGUCAGCAGCGACACAGCCAUCUUCGUCAUGAACCCGUGCGGCGUGCUGUUCCGCGCCAGCGACAUUGCCGUGGACGAGGAGGACCCCGACCUCAAUGACGACACGGCCGUGGGCGCGCUCUCACCGCCGCACAUUGGCGACGACCCCGACCUCGACACGGCCGUCGGAGCCAUGCACGGCAGUACCCCCGAGCAGCACGGCUUUGCUGGCAAAUUCACGGAGCCGAUUCAUGACCUGCAGGUGAUUCCCACGUCCCCGGUCGACCAGCAGCAGGCGGGCACCAGCGCCCCCAACAUCUACCCGCACCAGCAGGCCGUGGGCGCCAGCGUGUUUGACCACAUCCGCACCACGCUGCUGGCCUUGGAGCUGGACAUUGAGAGAGACAGCAUCGAUGCGGCUGCGCGACUGCCGUUUGAUGAGCUUGGCGGCAUCCUCAUGUUGGUGCCCAACUUCAACUCCCUGUACGCGCAGACGCGCUCGCGUGCACAACAGUUCCUGCGGCAGCAAGGCGUUCCCGAAGACAGGGUGUUGGUGGUGAAGUGCAACAUGACCAUGACAGAGGAAGUCACCGCCUUCUGGCGGGCAGUGGAGACGAACAGGAACAAGUUGUUUGUGGUGCUGCACGACGAAGCGCACUGGGCCAUCGACAAGUCCCCCGCUGACGACAGCCCGAGUGGUGUUGCUGACCUGUUCCUCAACCAACCCAGAAACGACAGGGUUAAGGAUGCGCCCAACCUUGUCCGCUUGCUGGUCACAGCCACGCCCUAUGCCUUGCAGACCCAGAUCUCCAGGAUUCACUUUGCAAACGAGAUCCACUGGGAUGCCGUCACGCGCGGCAGCGAAGAGUCGUCUGAGAACCACGGGCCGCGAUACUUUGGACUGCUUGACCUGCAGGCACAUCUGGAGGACACGUCGGACCGGCAGCGAAUCAUUGUGGAUGCGCCAUUUGCGGACAUGGUGUCCGACUACGUUGGGCGUCGCAGCAAAACCGCGCGCGAACAGCUGAUUGCCACGUUCUUCGAGUGCUACGAGGCGGCCUUUCUCCUGGCCCUCAACGACCUCGCGCGCAACCACAUCCCCAACAGAGAGCAGCUGGAGAGCCGCACAACGAAAGUGACGCACAACAUGAUCACCCGCUUCCUCAGGGCGACGACCAGCACCAACGGCCAUGGACACAUGCUCCUCAUCCGCGUUGUCAACAACCGAAUGGGCCGCGUGUUGACGGAGCGGCUAAGAGAGCUUCGCGCCAAGCUUGGCCUUGACAAGCGGUUUGCGGUACUGCAGGACACCAGCGCCGACCCACUGCGACGCGUGCUUGAACUUGAUGAGCGCAGCUCCGAGUGCCUCUCGCGGCUGCAACAGAUGACGGGCGCAAGCGACAUUGCCAGCUAUGAGCAGCUGGAGCACCUCCCAUGCAUCCUUGUGCUCUGCGACAAGGGCCGCAUGGGCGACACCUUCCCCAAGUCGCUGCAGUACUACGACCUCCGCCUGCGGUACGGUAGCUCCUCCACGCGCUCCUACAUGGAACAGGAUCUCGGACGCAUGUUCCGGUACGCGCGCAGUCUGGACGAGCUUCCCCUAUGUCUGUUGCCGCCAACGGCACACGAGUGCCUCCAGCGAAGCCUCACACACCUCUCCCCUGACGCCAAGGUGCGCAUGGCGCGUGAGCGUGGCGAUGUGCAACUGCCCCGGCCAAAACCGAACGAGACGCUGACCCAGCGUGACGCGCGCUACUACCGCAGGUUUGCUCGCCCAACAAGCAAGAACUACGACGAAGGCAACCGCCGGGGUGCAGACCCACGCCGCUUCCUCCUGCAGGGCAAGCCGCAGGUGGGGAAGACGGGCGCGUACCUGUGGGCGCUCAAGCUGCUCGCUGAGCACCUCAACACAACAGCAGCACCCGUGGAGACGGAGGAGGUGGUGGUGUGCUGUGACGACGACGACUUUGAUGAUGAAGGAAACGAGCGGUUCCCUGCUAUGGACGAGGAUGAGCAGCAGCAGCAAAACCACCGCGGCGUGCUGCCUGUGCACACGGUGGUGCAAUCCCUGCCCUUUGUGGCGCCACAGCCCGGCAAGUAUGGCGCCAUCAUCAUGGACCAGCGUGUGCACGCAGCGCGGCUGGCAGCAGCAGAGGCAGCGGCACACGGCGACAAUGGCGACGUUGUUGUGGAUGGUGCACCCGGGAACCGGUCACGACUCGUGGUGCGCAAGACUGUGAGCAGCGAGUAUGCGCUCAUGGCGCGACCACAGCCGCCGUCAGCUCAGGCGGCAGCAGGCGACAGCGCUGUCGUGGCCGAGUUUGCGCCGCCGGUCGUGGCUGAGCUGAGCGUGAACAGCGACAACGAGAUCAACCGUGAGAGGACGCUGGGCAGCCGAUGGCACAUUCCCGCAGCCAAGGCGGGCCUGUUCCAAGGGCUCACCAGCCGUGACAACAACGGCACCGCUGCUGCGUUUGAGCGCAUUCGUGUUGAGGACCUUGACAUGCCCGUCGUGUUUAUGCCAUCGAGUGGGCGUGCCGCCAUCGGCCUCCUCGACCUCAGCAGAACACUCCGCAGUCGUCAGAGCAAUAGCAGCGGGAACAGCAGCACAAGCAGCAGUGACAACAACGGCGGUGGCGACGGUGGUGUUAGUGCGCUGCAGGUGAUUGUGGUGAAACAGGGCGAGUUUGACGCCUAUUGCAAGCACUACCCCGACGUGGUGGUGUGUGCGCUGCCAGAGGCUGCAAGCAGCCCUGACAAGGGCAUUGGUGCGAGCCGCGACUUCAUCAAGCGGUUUGCCACGCUCAACCUCGACCUGACCCGCCACGCAGCGCUUGCUGGCGGUGUGAGGCUGGGGCGGGUUGCGAGCCUCAUCCUCAUGCUGGACGACUCGUGCUUGGUGUUCAAGCGUGCCGUCGUGAAGCAGGAUCCCUGCGACUUUCACACUGCUGAUGAUGUUGAUGUUGUGGACGGCGCCCAGCAUGGCGGUGCGAGCGACGAUCACCAGCGAGAGUGGAGGUGGGACUGGGCGAACCGUGAGAGCCGCAGUGAGUUCACCAUGGAGGACGUGCCGCUGCUGCACGUGCUGCAGCACAUGCUGAGCGACCCUGAGCUGCACAGGUACGCGCUGAUGGGCAUUUCGCGCUGGCAUCCAUUCUUGCGCAACAUGCAGAGCGCGUACAAGCGGUCGCACGUGUACUCCUUCCAGCUGCUGAACGUGGACCUGACACGCGACGUGCACUACGAGCCGGGCGAUCUGCUGUUUGAGGACAUCCGGUUCAACGAGCGGAUGUACGCGCGGGAUCUGCUGUUUGUCAAGUACUGUCGCUUCUUGGUGAUGAAGAAGCAGCUGGCUGAGGGCGGCUGCAGCGCCCUGCUGGAGGAGGCGCAGGCGGAUGCGCAGAAGCCGACGCACGAGCGCAGGUUUGAGGUGACCGUCCCUCCUCCCUCAAGCAACGAUGGUGCACCGGCACGCGAUGACGGUGCAGACGGUGCGAUGUUUCCUGUCACCGUUCCUGCCAUCCCGACAGCUGAGCUCGUCGCUGCCGUUGGGGGCAACGCAGGUGACUUGCUGGAGCGGUUGCGGGAUGCGCUUCGCACGGUGUUGCAUUCCGAUCUCAUGCCACUGCUGAAGCUGGAGCUGGUUGAGCCCCGCAUGCUGUGUGCGCCGCCAAGCACAUCGCCCCGCCCCCACCGCGUGCUGUGUCGGGUGUGUCUGAAGGAGGCUGGCCAACCGCUGACGGUGGAGGGCUUUGAGCAGCUUGAGGCGGCGCUUCCUCACGUUGCUGUCCACGCGUGCGCGCGGCCGUCUGCACCCCUGGCGACCGUGCUGCGGUUUAUGCAGCUUCACCUGGGCGCAUUGCCCGCUGGUGCGCAGGUGGUCACGCUCGGCGAGAAGCCAGCACGUGACGCAAGCGUGGACACCGUUACCGACGGCAUUGAGCACGCCAGCGUCGUGGCGUCGUACACGGCGCACCCGGUUGCCAUGCGAGGGCUGGCAAGCAACGCUGACUUCCGGGUCAUUCUCUUUGACAUGCACAAUGCCAGGGACGUGCGCGGGCUCAACUCGCUCGUGACCAAUGCAGGCCCGAAUGUGCAGUCAAGUUACUACUUCCACUUGGGCUGGGUCGUGGUCAUGCAGCGCACAUAACCAUGCAUGAACCUGAUGGGAUGGAGGGAUUGGUCUUGUAUUGUGUUGUUUGUUGUGAGUAUGUGUGCAUGUGAGUAUGGUUGUAUGUGUGUACGUGUGAAUGUGUGUUUUGUGUAUUUGUGUAUGUGUGUGCGUGAGGUGUAUGUGUGCGUCUCUUUUAUUUUAUUUUGCUUUCAUGUGUUUGUGUAUGGGGGGGGGGGUG